UAUUGAUAUUCUUUAAUUAUCCUCGACGUCCGCCUUCCCUCCUCCUUCCUAGACCCUUUUGAUGGUUAAUUUGCAGGGUUGACAGUCUUUAAUAGCAUCUCAUCGUUAUCAUGGUUAUAAAUAAGAAAUUAUAUAAGCAUAUUUUUAAUCCAUGAAUUAUGGAUGCAGCACAGACACGCACUAGAAUGCGAUUUUAUCGGUAAUGUCGAAAAUAGAUGUACGCAGUACAUCCAAAUUCCAAAUUCAAAAAUGAAGAUACUGGCGGUAAUGUGCAGAGGGCAGGCUCACAAAAACAGUCAGGACAGUGAGUGAGGUUAUUUGCCACGUUGGAUUCCUUGGAUCACAUGUAAAUAAUUUAAGAAACGGUGAUAGUUUUAUCAGCAAUUAUAGAGAAAAAUUAGAUCAAAUAUUUUAUAAUCAUGACGAGAACUAAACGAGACAAUGAUGGAUGGAAGCCUGUAACAUUGGAAGGAACUUUAGUAACCAACGAUAUAGAAGGAUUGGUUGGAAUAGAGGAGUUAACGGAUUAUAGCUUAGAGCGGAGCAGCAAAAAAGGAAAACUCGUAACCAUACAAGUGAAAUCUACUGAAAUAAAGAAAACGGUGUCGCAAAAACGCAAAAAUUCGAAAGAACAAGAAAAGACUGAUGUAGAGCCUUCUGCGAAAAAAUCGAAGAUUAAAAAAGAUGAAGCAAAAAGCACGAAGAAAAAGGAUAAAAAAACAAUAAAAGAUAAGAAAACGAUAAAGGAUAAGAAAACAAUAAAAUCGACUAAAGUUGAAGAUUUUAAAAUUUAUGAUCAACAGAUUGAUUCCAACAAUGAUAGUGAUACAGAUAGUACUAAUAGUACAGAUAGUACAGAUAGUGAUACAGAUAGUACAGAUAGUACAGAUAGUGAUACAGAUAGUACAGAUAGUACAGAUAGUGAUACAGAUAGUACUAACAAUUUGAACAAGUUUAAUAUUGAAGCAUGGAGCUCCAUGGGUGUUCCAAUGGCUGUGAUGGAAGCUCUUGUUGAUCUGGAUUUUUAUUCGCCUACUAUGAUACAGACUCGAACAUUGCCAGCUGCCAUAUUAGGUCGAAGAGAUAUACUAGGUGCUGCUGAAACUGGUAGUGGCAAGACACUGGCAUUUGGUAUCCCAAUUAUAAAAGGUAUCCUGGAUUUAAAGAAGGAAGCUAAAGAACAGAAUUUUCCAGAAGUAGAAGAAUCCGAUUCAGAAAAUGAAAACUUAUUGGAAUCCGAAAAUUGCGUGAAUGUUGUGAAUAAUGUCAAACUUGAUAGUAGUCAUAAUACUCCAAUCAAGCCUUUGUAUGCAUUAAUUUUGACACCAACUCGUGAAUUGGCAAUUCAAAUAAAGAAUCAUCUUACUCAGCUAACGAAAUAUACAGAUAUUAAGAUAGCUGUUGUUCUUGGAGGCGUGGCAGCAGUGAAGCAAGAAAGAAUAUUAAACAAAGGUCCUGAAAUAGUCAUUGCUACACCUGGGAGACUAUGGGAAUUAAUUCAAGAAGGAAAUUCUCAUUUAGAACAAAUAGAUUCUAUCAGGUACUUAGCUAUCGACGAGACAGAUAGAAUGAUGGAAAAGGGUCAUUUUCAAGAAUUGCACGAUCUAUUGAAGAAGAUAAAUACAGAUCCAGCAAAGCUAGAGAAACGGCAGACUUUCGUCUUUUCGGCUACUUUGACUAUGGUACAUGAUCUCCCGGAUUAUCUUGAAAGAAAGAAAAAGCGAUAUGCUAGAAGUAGGAUAUCCAAACUCACUUCUGACCAGAAAUUACAUCAAAUUAUACGUUUAUUAAGAAUAAAGAAUCCUAAAGUCGUUGAUCUUACAAAAGAGUCAGGUACUGCUAGUAACUUAACAGAAUGUCGAAUAACAUGUACGAUUGAACAUAAAGAUUAUUAUCUUUAUUAUUUUUUGAAAAGACAUAAUGGAAAAACAUUAGUAUUUUGUAACAGCAUCGGCUGUGUAAAAAGAUUGGCUACUCUUUUCAGUAUACUUGAGUGUAAGCCUUUACCUUUGCAUGCUAAUAUGCAACAACGACAACGCUUAAAAAAUCUUGAAAGAUUUCAAGCUGAUGAGAAUGGAUUGUUGAUAGCCACGGAUGUAGCUGCGCGAGGCUUAGAUAUACCUAAUAUAGAACAUGUCAUACAUUAUCAGGUUCCCAGGACAUCUGAGAAUUAUGUACAUAGGAGUGGUAGAACGGCGAGAGCUCAAAAGGAAGGAAUCACGGUUCUAAUGAUGGAACCUUCUGAAAAACAGAAUUAUAUCAAAUUAUGCAAAACUCUUGGACGCACGCAAGAUUUGCCCGUAUUUCCGGUAGUAGACAGGCUAUUAACUGCUAUAAAAGAGAGAGUGGAUGUCGCUCGCGACAUUGAUAAACUGGAAUUGAAUUAUCGUCGACAAAAUACUCAAAAAAAAUGGCUACGAAAAGCAAUGGAGGAUAUGGAUAUGGUUUUAGACAAGGAAGAUGAUGAUGAAUCAUCGACGGAAUCGGAAGAAGCAGCAGUAUUGAAGCGUCAAUUAAAGGCAAAGAGAAAUGAACUACGAUCUUUAUUAUCAAAUCCAAUAUUCCCUAAAGGAUUUUCGGGAAAAUAUCUUGAUGAUAAUUUGAAUGUAGAUCUAGCUCAGAAUGCGCAGAAGGCCAUUGAAGUAAUGAAACAAGUAAUAGAAGAUAAUACUGAUAAAAGCGAAAGUAGCAAUAUCGCAUGUAAAAAAAGACAACGUCCACAAAAGUAAAAAAA